AGUGAUAUUCCUCAAAUUCCUCAAAGGUACGGUGAGUGAUAUUCCUCAAAGCCUCUACCUUCUUGCCUCCGUCCUUUCUCCCGAAAGGGCGGCCCUUUCCUGCAACCCGCCAAUAUUAAAGCCCGUUUCUAAAUUCUGUCACUCCAUUCUCACUCUCGCUUCGUUCAUCCUACAGAGAGAGAGAGAGAGAGGCCCGACCUUUUUUCCGACCUUGGAUUCGGUUUUGCGGCCUCCGGGAGCGGUUUACCGGUUGCAGUAAUUUUCAGUUUGGAGAGGAGUUUGGAGGUUUGAUUGAUGAUCUGGAGGUGACUUUUGGAUCUUUUUGUUCACUUAGUGCUUUAAUCAUGGCGAAUCAAGGGUCGUUGUCGCAGCCUAAUCCCGCAGCCGAAGGUUAUGGACGCGAGGGUCUGUUUGCGAAGCUGUGGAUGGCGUGUGCGGGUCCACUGGUGGACGUCCUAAGGAGAGGCGAGAGGGUGUUCUAUUUUCCGCAGGGUCACCUGGAGCAACUGGAGGCAUCAUCAAAUCAGGAGGUGAAUACAACCUUCAAUCUUCCUUCGAAGAUCCUGUGCCGUGUUCUUGAUAUUAAGCUCCUGGCUGAACAGGACACUGAUGAGGUUUAUGCUCAGAUAACUUUAUUUCCGGAACCAGAUCAAAAUGAACCAACCACUCCUGAUUCAUAUCGUCCAGAACCUCCUGGGCCUACAGUUUACUCGUUCUGCAAGGUUUUAACUGCCUCUGAUAUAAGCACUCAUGGUGGGUUUUAUCUCCGAAAGGAUGCCACUGAGUGCCUUCCCCCACUGGAUUUGAGUCAGCCAACACCAACCCAGGAUUUGCUGGCCACGGAUCUUCAUGGUCGGAAAUGGGAGUUUAAGCAUGUCUGUCGAGGCCAACCAAGGAAGCAUUUGCUCACUACAGGAUGGAGUAAGUUUGUUAGUUCUAAGAGAUUAGUUGAAGGGGAUACUUUUGUUUUCCUGAGGGGGGAGAGUGGGGAGUUACGUGUUGGAGUUCGGCGGGCUACUCGUCAGCAGAGCUCCAUGCCAUCUUCAGCCAUUUCUGGUGAGAGCAUGCACUUGGGAGUGCUUACUGCUGCAUAUCAUGCCGUUAAUACUAAGGCCCACUUUUUUGUGAAGUACAAACCAAGGAAGAGUCGAUAUAUCAUAGGCUCGAACAAAUAUCUAGAAACUGUCAACAAUGGGUUUGCAGUUGGCAUGAGAUUCAAGAUGGCAUUUGAGGGGGAGGAUUCUCCUGAGAGAAGAUUUACAGGCACCAUAGUGGGGUCUGAGGAUCUUUCUCCUCAAUGGGAAAAAUCUAAGUGGCGCUCGCUGAAGGUUCAAUGGGAUGAGCCAGCAUCUAUUGCAAGGCCUGAUAGGGUUUCUCCUUGGGAAAUAGAACCUCUUGUGCCUUCGAUUUCUUCAAGCCAGGUUCAACCAAUUAUAACAAAGAAUAAAAGGCCCCGGCCCCCUACUGAAAUCCCAGAUCGUGAGAUGCGACCAUCUAAAAGAAUAUUGCAGGGCAGCCUGGCGGAGUCCUCACAACAGACGGCGGAAAUCCCUCAGGAGAUGCAGCUGCAAACUACCUGCGCUCCCCCUUCCGAGGAAAUUGCGGAAGGGGAGAGCUCUCUAGCUCGGAUGAGCAAAAGAGCCUGGGUAGACACAGAACGAACGAGCACGGCAGGGGCAAUCGCAGAACCUAUUUCUGAUGACUUCGUUGGCCUUUCCGCGUGGCAUUUUUGUGAAGAUCUUGAGGUAGGGGAUUCACUGGAGCUGCCAUCAUUGACCCCAAGGACGCAGGUCUCUUUCGAAGCUGCCUGGGCGGCAGAAGAGAGAGCUAAGUUUGUACAAGAUGGUAUACUCAGGGAAAGCCAAAGCCAAAGCCAAAGCCAAAGGCAAAGGGACUUGGAGCACAGGGUCAGUGACCUUGAGGAAGAAGUCAAAAGAAUAAGGGGAGAGAAAAACUCCGGACGGGAUGAGGUCGAGCUAGUGAGGCUGCAAGAGAUCAAGGCAUUGGUUCAAGAGGUAGCCUUGAUGAUAGGGGAGCUAUACCGUGCCCUGAAGGAGAGGAAUGACUUGCAGGUCCAGCUCCAGGAGGCAAAGAGGAAAGCUGAAGAGAUAGCUCGCCAACUAGAAGAGGUAUUAUGUAACAUCCCUUACCCGAGGGGGAAUUAAUCUGUGUGUAUUUGAGAAAAUUAUUUGUAAUUUAUUGAGGACAUUAAUUAUGUUCGGAAAUGAGAAAAAUAUUUGAGAAUUGAUGGAA